AUGCUCCACUGUUGGGACGGUGCUACCUGGUGCCUCACUAGUUCUACUAGGUGGACCCUCAAGCUCUGCAGCAUAUCGGACUCUGCGCCUAUGCCUAUGGACAAGGAUGAACAGCCGCAGGGGGCAGAGCUUGGAGUACUACUGGUCGCAAACAGCCCCAUCCAAUUCUCAUCUGAUCUCAUUCAAGUUCUGAUAAUCAAGUUCCAGAACCACCCCUCGAUUGUAUUCGCACUCGCGUCCAUCACUCUUCGUAUUCCAAUCAAUGCUCAUUACAUGUGGAUUUUUGCUCAUCGACGCUGUUACCUAAGGAAGCGUGCGGAUCAGACCGACUUCACAUUUUUAAGAGCCUCCGAACGAUGUGAUGCCUUGCCAGGAACUAAAGAUCAACUCCACACAUUUGCAUGCAAGGGCGAUGACAGUAUGAAAUUUAAUGACAAGGAUGCCGUCGAUCUUAUGAUUCUGAUCAUACAAGGCCUAGAAGAUCCAAACACGAUUGAACUAAAGAUCUUGUUGGCGAUGGAUCUGCCGAUGGAGCAGUGGCAGGCGCGGCUGCUGCCGGUGCACUCACAAGUUCAGACAUGGAAGACCUUAUUCCCGCUUGGAGGUGGAUGCCAACAACUGCAGGAGUGUCUCAAGGCAUACUUCAAUAAGUACUUCACCACUGUUGCACCUGCGCAAUUCGCUCAAUAUAACAUUACAGCGGAUUCUGCAAGUCAGGCAAAGAAGAGGGCUCGCAUCAACGGGCCUACCCAUACCAAUGGCAAUGAUCUCGAGGCCGAAGAGUUGAUCACUGUAGAAACCACUAUGCAAAUUUGUCCGCUAUCAUUGUAG